AUGGCACCAACAGUGGCUACGGCCAUGAAGCCGCGGGGCAACAUUACCCGGAGGAAAGUCUCUGCUCCCAGUAUAAAUGGACUCAACUCAAGGCCCAAGGCCGGUAUUACAAGGUUCCGGGCCUCUCCUGCCAGAUCAAUGACCCCCGAAGUACGAACAGCAUCAAAUCGGCGAUUCAAGUGUCCGACUGGAUGUGAGAAUCCAGCCUUUGAGAUGACCGAUGAUGUCGGUAUACUAUGCCAGAACUGCGGCGCCGUGGUGUCAGAGAAUACUCAGCUGGUCAGUGAACAGACCUUUGCCGAAGGUCCAUCCGGUCAAAUACAUGCUCAAGGUGUUGCUAUUGGUGCUGGAGAGACGCAUCGCCGCGGCGGUGGUUUCGCCAACACCGGCAAGGCUGGCAGCGAAGCUACGCCAACUCGGAAGACCGCAGAAAUCAACGCUAAAAUGGUCAUCAAUCGUCUCUGCGACCAGCUCAACAUUCGGACUGGAGAAAACGAGCAGGCCUUGAGACUUUUCAACGUUGCUUAUGCGAAAGGUUUCGUCAGAGGACGCAGCUUGGACGAUGUUGCCCUAAUUAGUCUCUACACCACGAUCAGACAAUCCACUGAACAAAUACAGGGCGUCAAGAGACCGAGAUACGGCGUCAUGCUGAUUGACUUCGCUGAGAAGGGAGAUAUCGACGUGUUCGCCCUGGGCAAGAUCUUCACAGACUUCGUUCGGGACAUCUUUCUGGAAGACGCGGCCAAGCACAAGUCGUCUGAGGAACUCAGGCAAGCUCAAUUACUUGCGCCUGGACCCGAGGUCUUCGUCUCGCGGUUUGUCGACGAACUAGAGUUCCCCCCACACGAUGCUCCCAGGAUAAAAUCCGAUGCGUACAAAAUCAUUGCCAGCAUGAAACGCGACUGGAUUACGCGCGGACGUCGUCCAGCCGGAAUUUGUGGAGCAGCGGUCAUCAUUGCAGCCCGAAUGAACAACUACCGCAGAACGGUGCGAGAGGUAGUCCUGGUAGCCAAAGUGACCGAAAUCACUCUCAACAAGCGCCUCGAAGAGUUCAGCGAGACGCCUCUUAGCAAAGCUUCGGUGGAUAAAUUCAAGAAGCUGGUUCUCCCGAAUGUGGAUUUUGAAGAUCUCCAAGAGGCACGUGUGGACGGGGAGCCUGCCAAAGGCGAUACAAACAUGGAAGAUUUCAUGGCGAAGGUUCACGAACAACAGGCGAAGCAGAGAGCUGGUCAGGAUCACUCAGAUCUUCCAGAUGCUCUGGAUCCACCCAUCCUGAGACCAAAGCCAAAGAAGCGCAAGCGGAAGGGGCAAGCUGUAACCGCUGCUGAGCUGGAGAACGAUGGCUCUGAAGGCGUAGACACUCCAGAGGAUAGUGACGACGAAACCGAAGAGCCUCCGGCGAAGCAAGCAAGAGUCGACGCGGAGGGUUUCGCUAUACCCACGCAGCCAGCAUCUUCGAGCGCCCCAACGAAAGGCGCCCCUCCUAAGAAAGGUCCUGGUCGUACGAAGGGCAGCAAGAAUUGGCGAGCACCUGCGGCCACACCUGCUGAACGAGCGAUAGAGCAGGAGAUCCAGAAUGACAUUGAUGAGAGCAUGCCCGAGUUGGAGGAAAGCGCCACGCGACUUGCUGUUGACAAGGCUCGAGCAGCGUCAGAACAGCCGUCGACGAGUUUGGACCAUCAGAGCGCGGAGACCGCCAUUGAUCCAAAGUUGGCAGGUAAUUCUGGUGAUGUCGACAUGUCGAUAGUCAUAGGUGAUGACGAGUUUGAGGACGAUGAAGAUGUAGCGACGUGCUUACUCAAUGAAGAGGAGAAGCUACUGAAAGAAAAGGUCUGGGUCAACGAGAAUGCCGACUGGUUGCGGCAGGACCAUGCGAAGCGUAUCCGACGGAAUCUUAAAGAGCAAGAACUCAAAGACAAAGGCAUAGACCCAGUCCAAUUUGAGCGCAACAAGAAGGCCCAAGGUCGUCGCCGCAAGGACGGCAGCCGCAUGCCCCAUCGGGCUGGCGAUACUCGCUACCUCCACGACCCAGAGUAUGACCGUCGCACUGGACCGCACGCUACCCCAGGUGCCGGUGAUCGUGCCAGUGUUCUCUCUUCUCGUGCAGGCUCUGCAUCUCCAGCUCCACGCCGAGACCGUCCUCUGGAUGCAACAGAGUCUGUCACGCGCAUGCUUCGGCAGCGCACGCCGUUCUCGACACGACUCAAUUACUCCGCAAUUGGUAGCAUCUAUGGCAACCCAUCCGAGACAACGACUCGAUCCCCUACACCGAUGUCGCCGUCUCGCGCGUCCAGUGUGCUGUCUGACGCCCGGAGUGACUUGAGUCGAUCGCGGAGUAUCAGCAUUCUUGGCUCUACCAGCAAGAAUCCUCGCAACACUGAUGAAGUCGCUCGAACAGCCACCGAAAAGCGUCUGCGCAUCGUGGCUGGCCUGCCCGCAGACACAGAUCGCAGCGACGUCAUCUUUGGUGGCUACGGUGGUAAGAACACCGGCUUGCAGCGCAGCAAAGGUUCAUUGUCUGCCGAGAAGCGCCAGAAGAAGGUCUAUCAGGACAGAAGAGCCAGCGGUAGCGACAGCGGCAGCCCAAGCGUGGGACCUGCUGGACGAUCUGGAAGUCAAGGUACAGAUGGAGGCGAGGGAUCUGCUGUCGGCACACCAGACUACGAGAGGAGAGAGGUGUCAGCGUCUCCAAGCCCAUCGCCAGGUCCUCCGCGAGGCCAAUCUCAAGUCGCAAGGCCAAUCACAGCCCGACCGAAUCAGCAACCACGCAAUGUCACCUUCGCGAAAAGCCCGACCAGCGCACAAGAUCCUCCUUCGGGCGGCAACACGCCACGCAGUGGCACAAGCUCAAACAUCGAGGCUUUUGGUGGUACCGAAGAAGUCGUAGAAGGCGAAGCUCUGGACGAAGACGAAGGUCUUAUCAUGGAGGUCGCACCACCCGAGAUGGCCCAAUUUCUCCCAGACGAGCGAGCUUUCGCGAGUCUAGAAGGCAAGAACGUCGUUCUGACCGGCGCCGCGACUGGCAUCGGCGCCGCAACAGCAACCCUCCUGGUCCACGCUGGAGCCAAUGUCUUCUUCGGCGACGUCGCAACAAAACCCGCCGAAGAACUCGUCUCAACCUUAUCGAGGCCCUCCCUGCCAGGAAGCAUUGCCUUCCGACACUGCGACGUCACCAAAUACGACGACAUCUACCAGCUGUUCAAGUCUGCUCGUGACGAACUCGGACAGAUUCAUCACGCGGUCUCUGUGGCUGGUAUCUUUGAGCAGGGAGCUUGGUUUGAUCCGGGGCUGACCGUUGAGUCUGUUGGGGAGGGUCCGGCGACUACUGCUGUGCUGGAUGUGAAUGUCCUGGGGAGUGCGAAUUUCGCGCGUAUUGCAGUUGUGUUCCUGCGCGAGGGGAUCAGUGAUGGCGAAAACCGGAGUCUGACUUUGCUGUCGAGUGUGAAUGCGUUCAGGGAGAGUCCAGGGCUGUACAUGUAUCAGACUUCAAAGCACGCAAUCCAGGGCCUGAUGCGCUCCAUGCGCAAGAUCAUCUACGAGCGAGAUGGCAUUAGAGUGAAUUGCGUAUGUCCGGGUGUCACUGACACACCCAUGACGAUUGGGAUUGCAGAGAAGUUUAAGAAGGCAGGGCUGUACGUCCAGUCGGCGGAGUCUGUUGGGCGGAUCAUCGUUGGGAUCCAGUCAACGGACGGCUUGAAUGGCAAGGCUUUCUACGUUGAGGGCGGCGAUGGAUGGGAAUUCGAGGACAGCUUCUACCGUGAGCAGCCACGAUGGCUAGGAGAGGAGGCGACAAGGAGGAUGAGAGUGAACUCUGAGGCUGUUCAGAAGGUAUGA